CAACCCGUUGAGGAUAUCGAAGAAACUCGUCAUCUUGGUGCGCGAUGACGAGCAAUGGAAAUGGAGAGACCAUCAGCGUCGGUGGCAAUAUCUUCCGUCUGGUGGAGACCAUAGGUAGGGGGUCGUACGGCACUGUGCACAAAGCAGUCAACUUGAGCUCUGGCGCCGCCGUCGCAGUCAAGGUCAUCAGCAAGGAGCGCCUGCUACGAAAUCCACAGGAGCGAGCGUCCAUUGAGAAAGAGAUUGAGACGAUGCGGGUCGCUGUGGAGCAGUACGAGAAUGGACACCCGAACAUUGUGCGUUUGUUGGCGACGAAGGAAUCCAAGUCGUCCAUCUUCAUCGUGCUCGAGUACUGCGCCGGCGGUGACAUUUCGUACUACAUCAAGGCGUCGGCACGUGGACUGAGCAUGGCGCAGACACGGAACUAUAUGUCUCAACUUGCCGCCGGGUUGCAGUUCCUUCGACAACAACACGUGAUCCAUCGCGACCUGAAACCUGCAAACUUGCUGCUUAGCAGCAAGAACGUUGCGUCGCAGAAGGUAAAAAUCGCCGACUUUGGGUUUGCCAGGGCUCUAGAGAACGAGUGCAUGGCCGAGAGCGUCGUGGGGUCGCCUCUCUACAUGGCGCCGGAACUUCUGGACUACAAGUCGUACGAUGCCAAAGCAGAUCUAUGGAGCGUCGGAAUCAUCCUGUUCGAGAUGGUGACAAAGAGCCAUCCAUUUCUCGUUGUGGACAAGGUGCACGCGACCAACCACUUGGCGCUGCGACGCAACAUCGCGCGGUAUUACGAGAAAUUCGGCCGGUUCGUCAUCCCCCCGGACGUCUCGGUGAGCGACGACUGCGCCGUGCUACUGGAAGGCUUGCUGCGGCGCGACCCGCAGGAGCGCAUCUCGUUUGAAGAAUUUUUCAACGCGGCGUUUUUGCUGCCCCCACCUCCAAUGCCCGACGUCGGAGUCCCAUUGGAAUGCCACAUGGAAGCUUCCGGGAGCCCAAAGCAGCCCCUCGUGACGCAAGACACUACGUGGCAGGACUCUGGUGGAAGCGACGAGUACGUGCUCGUCGAGCGCGAGUACGAAGGCAUUGGCCGCGAAGUGCUGCAGGACGACAACUUGGCAGAUGACUUGGCGGCACUGCCGAACGAGGAAGACGGCAUGAAAGAGGACGCGGCGGCGGACGUGACCGCUUCAGAUGUGCCACAUGUGCAGCCACAGAGUUGCGCCAAGGAAGAGCCGCACAUGACGUGGCAAGAUGACGAGAAUCGCGUGGAAGAGUUGCUUGGGAUUUGCUACAAGAGCUUUCCGCUGGGCGGCGUCGCGCUAUUUGUACCCACUCCCCUUGGCGACUACAUUGCAUUCCACGAGAGCUGCCCGCACCACUACCUGUCGGCCGAGUCGAUCCAAGCCUCGACUCGCAGCGGCGACCGCAAGCCCGCGUACGUGCUGGGCUGCCUCGUCUUUAUUGAACACGGCGAAGCGACGGAGAGCUGCAACCCGUAUCAAUUGCGCGUCGGCACGCCGUACCACGUGUGCACAGUCACUGCCUUGUCACGGAGCUCGCUGACGUCGGGCACCUUGUCGCCACCGCCGUCGCCAUCCUGCCCGACGUCUGUUGCGCUGCCGUUCACGAUGCCGGCAACGACGACCACCACCACAUCCCAUCCCUCCAACGACAGCGGCGACCGCCACCAACGCAUUAGUUUUCGCUCGUUUCAAAUCAACCACCUCGCGCUGUUUUUUCCAAAAAACGGCAAGGUGCCGUACGUCGCGUUCAACGACGGCGGCGCGCCGCAUUAUUUCCUCGCCGAGGAAUCGAUUGCCGUUGCGAGGGGCCACGAAAUCACAUGGCCUGCCUACAUUUGUGGGGAAAUCAUCUUCAUCGAUUCCUUCCAAGCGACAGAGGAUUUCAACCCGUAUCGCCUCGCGUACGGCACGCGUUUUUACGUCGUCACAGUCUCGAGCGAGUAAGUCCAAAGCGCUCGCGUCCAUGUCGAGUCGUCCACCGCACGCACACAAGCAGCAUGUCCCCGUUAUGCCGUCGACCAACUCAGUUAACUGAGUUGGUACGUGCUGAC